UUGUUAUGAACUCCGAAAACAACUACUGCAAUAGAAAAGUGUUAUGCUGAAAGGGUCUGAGUGUUUUCAGACUCUCGUCUUCCGGGCAUCUUCUGCAAAGCUGCUCUGCUUUAUGGGAAAUGUAGUUUACUUUCCCCGGCUCGGUUUGGAAGAAGACGCAAGAGAGUGACAAAAGACAUUUAGUAUCUAUCCCCGGGAGCAGGACUUGAGUGCCAACGCCUCUUUCCCUCUUUAUCAAUCUCGUUUUCCGGAGGCAAGAAUCCCCAGAGGAGGAGGCCAACCCUAUGAUCAAAUUAGCCUAUUAAGGAUCUCCGUGAGCGUCUCUACGGAGAGGCUGGGACUGCGCAUGCUCAGUAAGGGACGCAGGAAAACAUGGCGGAGCCUGAGCCCAGAAGAAAGAUUCCUUUGGUUCCAGAGAAUCUUCUGAAGAAGAGGAAAGCCUACCAAGCACUCAAAGCUACUCAGGCUAAGCAAGCACUUUUGGAAAAGAGGAAGCAAAAAAAGGGGACUCAGCUCAAAUUCAGACGACUGGAAUCAUUUGUUCAUGAAUCCCAUCGUGUAUCCCGUGACGUAGCUCGACUCAGGCGCCUGGUUUCAAAGCCUGGGUGUUAUGUGCUAAAGGAUGCACAUCGUCUGGCCUUUGUGGUUCGAAUGGAGAGGAUUAAUGGAGUGAGUAACCAGGUGACAAAGACAAUAGAGGAACUUCGUCUGAAGAAAAUUUAUAGUGGCGUCUUUGUUAAAAUCACCCCAGGUUCCUUAAAGAAACUUCGAAUUAUAGAACCUUAUGUGGCUUGGGGAUAUCCUAAUCUAAAAUCUGUCCGUGAGCUUAUUCUGAAACGAGGACAAGCCAGGAUAAAUAAUAAGAAAGUCUCCCUAACAGAUAAUACUCUGAUUGAAGAGCAUCUAGGGAAGUUCGGUAUCAUUUGCCUAGAAGAUGUCAUCCAUGAAAUCUGCUCAGUGGGGGAACAUUUCUCUCAGGUUUCGAGGUUUCUGUGUCCUUUCCCCCUGUCUGUGGCCCGCCAUGCUGCUAAGAACAGAGUGGGCUUUCUCAAGGAAAUGGGCAAACCUGGCUACAGAGGUGAAAGCAUCAAUCAGAUCAUUCGGCAGCUGAACUAGGCGAGAAUCUCAGAAGAUUUCUCUUUUCUGAGUUUAUACCCAGUAUCUUCAAAGAAGAUUUCUUUUCUGAUGGAACUUUCUCCAGGAACUAAUGAGAUGAAAAGAAAAAAGAAUCAACCUGUGUAGAGGGAACUUCUCCACCUUCUAUACUUUUUCUCAAAGAAGAAACCAUAUUGGUUUGUCCAGCCAUCUUCAUCUUGGAUUAAAGUCUCAUAACCAGUGAAGAGAAAUGACUGUACUUCAUAUUCUGUAAUUGGAAAUUAGUUUAAAUCUAUUCCAGUUUUUUCAUGGUAGCCACCCAUACAGAGAGCAAUCAAUUAUUGGCCAUGUGAUUCUGUACUCCGGGGGUUGGUUGAAUGUUAUAAAAUAUACUUUGUCACUCUGCUUACCAUUUGGAACAAGACAGUGGGACUUGAGUUGGGAUUUGAAAUGAUUUUAAAACAGAAUGGCCCAUCACUUCUUGAACUUUUUAAAGUGAUACCUUUGUGAUUUAUAGGUCCUACCUAGCAGAUAUGUUAGGUAGGUUUCCCAUGACUCAGUACCACUUUAAUGCCACAACUCUACACCAAGUCUUCUUCCUUCCUGCCAUUAGAGAUAAUGACUGUAGUCUUACUAAUUUAGCCCUUUCUUUGACAAUAGGGAUCGAAUUUACAUUGGCUGUUUUUUUAUUACCAUUAUUGUAUGGUCUUCCUUUGCUCCUUACUUUCCCCCCCAAUCUAAGGUAAUAACUAAGUCUUAAAAUAGUCAUAUGAGGGGCACCUGUAUAACUUGGCCAAAAUCACCUUACUAGGAAAAAUGUCUAAAGUAACUGUUUAAACCCAGGUCUUCCCAUCCAAGAUCACCGUCUACAACAACACACAAGGCCAGAGGGGUUUUAGCCAAGAUUUCACAUAGGGUCUAAGUCAUUAAGCCCACCCUUAUAUGUCUAUGAGAGAAGAGGAAAAGAAACAAGUGUUAAUCACUUAAGUGUUGAACAUUUUAUAACUGUUCUUUCUUUGGGUUUAUCUUAAAAGCAUCAUAGGAACUUUAUUCCCUUUUCUAAGCAGCUUUUGAAUCCAUCUCAUUUUCUGGUACACUACUUAAGAUGCAGACUAGACGGGCGCUUGAGAAAGAUAAAGCAACAAAAUUCUUACCUAGCCUGUCGUUUCAUGAAGUCUGGUGAUGAAUGCAUUAUAUUUUUUACAAGAAUCCAGUUAUCGAUUUUUCUCUUCUCAAUGAAAAAAAUAAGCAAGUUUGAAUUUUUGGAGACUUGCUGGAAAAUUAAGUGGGUUUGUGCUAAUUUUAUGGCUGCUAAUGGUUUGAAAUUAAGUGGGGAACUAGCUAAGACUCCUCUUUCUCAGUUGAUACCACUUUCUGGGAACUGUCUGGCAUACUUUUUUUUUUUUUGCUGAGGUCAAUCCUAAUGGAUUGUGACUUGCCUAGGAUCACACAGCCAGGAAGUGUUAAAGUGUCUGUGAGUUCAGAUUUCAGGGCUGGUCUCUAUCCAGUGUGCCACCUAGCUGUCCCUAUCUGACAAACUUUUGUUAGGGGUCCCUGUCUUUUCAAAUGUUAUCAGUUUAAUGGCCAUAUUAAAAUAUGUAACUAGAAAUGUAAAAGGAUGGCAUUUUUACUAAUUCUUGAAAUGAUUUGUGCAGAUUAAAAACUUCCCAAUUUCUGAA